UUUUUUGAUCGGAUGUCGCCUCCUGUGACCGGAUGGUGUUUGGUGGAGAGGAAGUUUUGUUUUGCGAGUUUUUUUCCGUCCGUUUCGACUGACCGGGUAUCCAGUUAAUGAGCUUUUAUUAAAAAAAAAAGGAGCACGGAAUGAUAUUCGCGUGAAUUGCAUUGCAACCGCUCAAGUGCCCAAAGCAGAGAAUAAAAGCCCGAGCUGUUUGAAGCGGAGGAACUCCGCCGUUUCACUUCAGAGUAACCCGAGAGCUCCUUCCUGCUAAGCUAACGUUACCGAGCUAGUCGGCGCGGCUGGCGUUGGACUCUGGGUUUGUGUUGUGCAGAAAGGGAGCUCUCCGAGCCAACGAAGCCAUGGGGAACCGGGGCAUGGAAGACCUGAUUCCCCUCAUCAACAAGCUUCAAGACGCGUUCAGCUCCAUUGGCCAGAGUUGUAAUUUGGACCUUCCUCAGAUCGCCGUGGUUGGUGGACAGAGCGCCGGAAAGAGCUCCGUCUUGGAGAAUUUUGUUGGCAGGGACUUUCUUCCACGUGGAUCGGGCAUUGUUACCCGCAGGCCUCUCAUUUUGCAGCUGUUCAACAAUAAAGCAGAAUAUGCUGAAUUCCUGCACUGCAAAGGGAAGAAGUUUGUGGAUUUUGAUGAAGUGCGGUCGGAAAUUGAGGCAGAGACCGAAAGGAUAACGGGCUCCAACAAAGGCAUCUCUCCCAUCCCAAUUAACCUGAGGGUCUACUCCCCAAACGUGCUGAACCUGACCCUGAUUGACCUUCCGGGCAUGACUAAGGUUGCCGUCGGAGACCAGCCUGUCGACAUAGAACACCAGAUCAGAGACAUGCUGAUGCAGUUCAUCACCAAGGACAGCUGUCUGAUCCUGGCCGUCACACCUGCCAACACUGACCUGGCCAACUCGGAUGCUCUGAAGAUCGCAAAGGAGGUGGACCCACAGGGGCUGCGUACCAUUGGCGUAAUAACAAAACUGGACCUGAUGGAUGAGGGGACGGAUGCCAAGGACAUCCUAGAAAAUAAACUCCUGCCACUGCGCAGAGGCUACAUCGGUGUGGUGAACCGCAGUCAGAAAGACAUCGAUGGGAAGAAGGACAUUCGCGCCGCUCUGGCUGCAGAGAGGAAGUUCUUCCUGUCCCACCCCGGCUACAGGCAUCUGGCAGAGCGCAUGGGCACUCCGCAUCUACAAAAGGCACUCAACCAGCAAUUGACCAACCACAUCAGAGACACUCUCCCAGGUCUGCGCAGUAAGCUACAGAGUCAGCUCCUCUCGCUGGAGAAGGAGGUGGAGGAGUACAAGAACUUCCGUCCAGAUGACCCAACGCGCAAGACCAAGGCCUUGUUGCAGAUGGUGCAGCAGUUUGGUGUGGACUUUGAGAAGUGCAUUGAGGGCUCCGGGGACCAGGUGGACACCAACGAGCUUUCGGGUGGCGCCAAAAUCAAUCGCCUCUUCCAUGAACGCUUUCCUUUCGAACUGGUCAAGAUUGUGUUUGACGAGAAGGAUUUGAGGCGAGAAAUCAGCCACGCAAUCAAGAACGUCCAUGGCGUCAGAACGGGGCUCUUCACCCCUGACCUGGCUUUCGAGGCGAUAGUCAAAAAGCAGAUCCUCAAACUCAAAGAGCCCAGCCUCAAAUGUGUGGACCUUGUGGUGUCCGAGCUCACCGCACUCGUCAUGAAGUGUGCCGUUAAGCUCAAUUCCUAUCCCAGACUCCGAGAGGAGACUGAGCGCAUCGUCACAACCCACGUCAGAGAAAGAGAAGGGAAGACUAAGGACCAGGUGCUGCUGCUGAUUGACAUUGAGCUGUCGUACAUCAACACCAAUCAUGAGGACUUCAUAGGCUUUGCCAAUGCCCAGCAGAGGAACACAGCUGCGAACAAGAAGAGGGCCAUACCCAACCAGGGUGAGAUUCUGGUGAUCAGGAAAGGCUGGCUAACCCUCAACAUCAGCAUCAUGAAGGGAGGCUCCAAGGAGUACUGGUUCAUCCUGACUGCAGAGUCCCUGUCCUGGUACAAAGACGAGGAGGAAAAAGAAAAGAAGUACAUGCUGCCGCUGGAUAACCUGAAGCUCAGAGAUCUGGAGAAAGGCUUUAUGUCGACAAAGCACAUCUUCGCAAUCUUCAAUACUGAACAGAGGAACGUGUACAAGGAUCUUCGUCAGGUAGAACUGGCCUGUGACUCUCAAGAGGAUGUCGACAGCUGGAAAGCGUCCUUCCUCAGGGCAGGAGUUUAUCCGGAGAAGGACCAGACGGAGAAUGACGACGCUGCCCCUGCGGACACAUUCUCCAUGGAUCCUCAGUUGGAGCGGCAGGUGGAAACCAUCCGCAACCUGGUGGAUUCGUACAUUGGCAUCAUCAACAAAUCCACCAGAGACCUCGUGCCCAAGACCAUCAUGCAUCUGAUGAUCAACAGUGCAAAGGACUUCAUCCACUCGGAGCUGCUCGCCUACCUCUACUCAUCUGGGGACCAGAACAGCCUCAUGGAGGAAUCGGCUAACCAGGCCCAGCGUAGAGACGAAAUGUUACGCAUGUAUCAUGCACUCAAGGAGGCUCUGCUCAUCAUUGGUGACAUCAGCACCGGUACCAUCUCCACCCCAGUGCCCCCGCCCAUAAAUGACAGCUGGAUCCAAGAAGCCAGCCCAACCCCUCAGCGCAGGCAGCCCGCUGCAGCUGCCCCGGCCCCGAGCCGCCCGCCUGCUGCUCGGGGCCCGACCCCAGGACCACCCAUGAACCCUUCCCCUGCUUUCGGGGCUUCACUCAACCCCUCUCCCGCCUUCGGUGCACCACCGAUCCCCUCUCGCCCAGGACCGCCCAGCAACGCUUUCAACAGCCACCAGGAUCCCUUCAGCGCUCCCCCACUGAUCCCCUCCCGGCCGGCCCGCGUCCCACCCGGUGUACCCAGCCGAAGACCCCCCGGUGCUCCUUCUCAUCGGCCCACCAUUAUCCGCCCUGCCGAGCCCUCUCUUCUAGACUAGACUUGUGGCCUUGUGUGUGUGUGUGUGUGUGUGUGUGUGGGUGUGGGUGUGGGUGUGUAUAUUCUGCACACUAAAGGCCAGAGGCGGGGGCUCGAGGGGAGGGGCUGACUGAUAGCGGUGCAUAAUGAGCAUCGUUCAGCCGUAUUAAUGUGUCUCUUCAAGCAAUGUAAUGCGCUGCUAAUACCAUCGUUAUCAGUGCACAUGAAUGACAGAAAGCCCUUGCUGUGGCAAUUGUGUAAUACAAAAUAAAACCCAGCUGAUCUGUGGGAUGCAUCUAGCUUCUAUUGGUCGGAGAUGGUGUAUCGAAAUCAGUUCAGUUUUUUUUAUUAUAAUACCUGAUUUGUUUCUUCUGACAAGGUUCCCAGCAGAAGCUUGUUAAAUAACUUAUUAACUGUUGCAGGCUGGCUAUUCUCCCCCCCCCCCCCCCCCCCCCCCAAACACGAUUGGCCGAGAAACCCAUCUGAUCUCUCUGUAAUAUACACACUUAACCUGUUGUUAAUGUUUUACUGCAUCUUCAUUUAAUAACUGAUUCAUAAUGAAAAACAAUAGCUUAUUGUCACUGUUGUGUUAUUUUGGUGCCGUCACUUACCUUGUGUAAUUUUAUUUGAGUGGCUUUGGCCUUUUUUUUUUUUAAUGACCGUCAUAAAAUGUAGCUUUAAAAAGUGAAAUCCUAAUCCGCAGAAAAAGCAAAGGAGAUGAAAUCGCAGUGCGGGGUUGCAUGCGACUGUGUGAGAGAGAGAGAGAGAUAGAUAGAGAGAGAGAGAGCGCAGCCUAAAUCCCCCCUCCUUCCACAAUGAAUCCACCAGACUGACCGCUGUAAUCCAAGCACUUCUAGCCGUGUAGCCUUACAACAAGCCACUCAUAACGGGGAUGUUGUACUCCGUUACCGGAACGCUAUCCACAGAAACCCGGGAGAGGGACACUUUGUGAGAUGCUCUCUCCAGUAAUUCAUAGUUUUUAAAGCCUUGAAUUAGAAUCCCUUUUAGUCUCCGUUGGAACCUCGAUGAGACCUUCAGCCUUCGUGGUAGACUUUGUUCAUUCCUGGAUUAACUGAUUCUUCUUCUAGAGCACACGGUGCAGCUUCCCCUCGGAGGAUAAAACCGGGUGAAGCGGUGCGAUGUGUUCGUAGACGAGGGCGUGAUUUAGAGUAUGAAGAUGGUGUUAAGCGUUUAGGAGUUGGCGCAUCUCUUUCUUGGCUUAGUUGUCGAGGACAUUUAUUCUCGCUGUCCGUUCUGCUUCCAUGCAUUUAAACACAUUGUAUAUAGCUGGCCUAUAAUGGGGAGUGAGCACUUGUAUCUCAUUUAAUCGCAGGGUUGAUGACAAAAACAUGCUGUUGGUUCUUAAUCAAAGACCCACCGUGUUAAAGAGCGACUGUAGUGGUCGGAUUAAAGGAAGCACUAACUGCCAUUUCAUAGAUUAGCCUUGGGUGCAGGGGGAAAAGAGAUGGGUCAUCUCCUGAUGCGUUAUUUAUAAUCAGGGCAUUUUGUGUCAUUUCUUUUGAUGUUUUUGGUUGCAAUUGUACAACUCGGCUCCCCCAGCUUCACCUGGACUUUUUUUUUUUAUUUUGGGGUUCUGCUACAGGGUUUUGCUGUCUAAAAUGUGUUGCGUGUUGGGAGGGCACCUGGGGGGGGGGGGGGGGGGGUCUAAACAUCAUCUACACAGCUGUGAUUACUUGAUAAUGCGUUUUGUUUGGAUUGUUCUUUUGAGGGUGUUUGACCAUUUUAAAACCAAUUGAGGGGGAAAAGGUGCUCAUGUGGGGGGAGUGACGUCGGGCUGCUAGAAUGUUGUUUUUUUUCUUUUCUUUUUUUAGGUUUGAUCAGGAGUUUGUUGUGAGCAGCGGGUGGUGGUGUAAUAUGAAGUCACACUCUGUCUACAGAAGCCGUCUAGACUUUCCUCUGUUCUCAGAUAACUUUUAAUUGGCCAGAAACCGAGACGGGGAAAAAAAACAACAACUGUUAAGCAAUUCCAAACGGUCCGAAUUGACAGACUCUUGAGACAGAGUGUGCUUCUUCUUCUUCUUCCCCUGUAUUUCUCUUCAGGCGUGGCUUUCAGUGACAGUGCCAGAAGGAUUAGAAUACGCUUAUGAAAACAGCCCCAGAGCCUUUUUAGAUUUGAAGACGCUUCACAUGAAAACGAACCCUUGAAAAGUUAGCUCAUAAAUGUCUCAUUGGCCAACGUUAGUUGAAUUCCACUUGUGCCUGUCACUUCAGCCUGCCUUUGAGGAGCCCACACUGUAAUGCCCUGCCCUUCUUCCUAAUGCCCUCCCCUGUCUGGAUCUGGUGGAAGGGGUUGGAAAUCAACCUGUAAAAAAAAAUCUCUUUUCUUUUUGUUUUGCAAACCCUUGUCAAGUGCCUCUGUAGCAAUUAAUUGAUUUGAAUGAACAUGAACUGAUUUAGGAUGGAGAGUAAAUAAAUAAAGAGGUGUUGUGUACAAUAAAGGGACUGGCUCUGGUG